CCGCGAUGGGCGGGCGGCCGGGGGAGCCGGGCGGAGAGACCCCUGCGAGGGUGACAUGAGCUGCAGACUCCAUCCCAGCGGCGGGCCCGGGGGCAGAGGGACCUCCUGCUGACAGCGCACCCCAGCUGGUGACCCAGGUCACCCCCCCUCUCAGCGGCUGGCCCACUGCAGAGCCCUGGACCCCCCUCCAUGGCUCCCCCACCCGGGGACCCAGGGCCCCCCCUGGGGAGCCGGGGGCCUUUCCUGAGCGCCAAUGUCCUGCCUGUGGUGGAGCGCUGCAUGAGCGCCAUGCAGGCCGGGACCCAGAUGGUGAAGCUCCGCGGAGGCGCCAAGGGCCUCGUGCGCUUCUACUUCCUGGACGAGCAUCGCUCCUGCAUCCGCUGGCGGCCCUCGCGCAAGAAUGAGAAGGCCAAGAUCUCCAUCGACUCCAUCCAGGAGGUGAGCGAGGGCCGGCAGUCGGAGAUCUUCCAGCGCUACCCCGACGGCAGCUUCGACCCCAACUGCUGCUUCAGCAUCUACCACGGCAGCCACCGCCAGUCGCUGGACCUGGUCUCGCCCAGCGGCGACGAGGCGCGCACCUGGGUCACCGGCCUGCGCUACCUCCUGGCCGGCAUCAGCGACGAGGACAGCCUGGCGCGCCGCCAGCGCACCAGGGACCAGUGGCUGAAGCAGACGUUCGACGAGGCCGACAAGAACGGGGACGGCAGCCUGAGCAUCGGCGAGGUCCUGCAGCUGCUGCACAAGCUGAACGUGAACCUGCCCCGGCAGCGGGUGAAGCAGAUGUUCAAGGAGGCGGACACGGACGACCAGCAGGGCACGCUGGGCUUCGAGGAGUUCUGCGCCUUCUACAAGAUGAUGUCCACCCGCCGGGACCUCUACCUGCUCCUGCUGGCCUACAGCGGCCACAAGGACCACCUGGCCGCCGCCGACCUGCAGCGCUUCCUGGAGGCGGAGCAGAAGAUGACGGGGGUGACGCUCGAAAGCUGCCAGGACAUCAUCGAGCAGUUCGAGCCCUGCCCCGAAAACAAGAGCAAGGGCGUGCUGGGCAUCGACGGAUUCACCAACUACACGCGCAGCCCGGCGGGCGACAUCUUCAACCCCGAGCACCACCGCGUGCACCAGGACAUGACGCGGCCGCUGAGCCACUACUUCAUCACCUCCUCCCACAACACCUACCUCGUGGGCGACCAGCUCAUGUCCCAGUCGCGGGCCGACAUGUACGCCUGGGUGCUGCAGGCCGGCUGCCGCUGCGUGGAGGUGGACUGCUGGGACGGGCCGGACGGGGAGCCCAUCGUGCACCACGGCUACACCCUGACCUCCAAGAUCCUCUUCAAAGACGUCAUCGAGACCAUCAACAAGUACGCCUUCGUCAAGAACGAGUACCCGGUGAUCCUGUCCAUCGAGAACCACUGCAGCGUGGUCCAGCAGAAGAAGAUGGCCCAGUACCUGACCGACAUCCUCGGGGACAAGCUGGACUUGUCGUCCGUGAGCAGCGAGGACGCCUCCAGCCUGCCCUCCCCACAGAUGCUCAAGGGCAAGAUCCUGGUGAAGGGCAAGAAGCUGCCCCCCAACAUCAGCGAGGACGCGGAGGAGGGCGAGGUGUCGGACGAGGACAGCGCGGACGAGAUGGACGAGGACUGCAAGCUCCUCAAUGGGGAUGCCUCCGUUAACCGGAAGCGGGUGGAGCACAUCGCCAAGAGGAAGCUGGACUCCCUGAUCAAGGAGGCGAAGAUCCGCGACUGCGAGGACCUGAACGACUUGGCCGUGUCCGCGCUGCCGCUGCCGAGGAGGCCUGGGCACAGGGCCGAGGGCCGCACGGCUGAGGAGGACGUGGAGUCCGGGGAGGACGCUGGAGCCAGCAGACGGAACGGCCGGCUGCUCGUGCACAGCUUCUCCAAGCGCAAGAAAAGGAGCCGCAAGCUGAAGAAGGUGGCCAGCGUGGAGGAGGCGGACGAGGACCUGGACCCACAGGGCAGCCAGAACCGAGGGGCCGCCCGGCAGAGGAAGACCAUGCAGCUGUCGCGGGCCCUGUCGGACCUGGUCAAGUACACGAAGUCCGUGGGCUCGCACGACGUGGACACAGAGGUGGCGUCCAGCUGGCAGGUGUCGUCCUUCAGCGAGACGAGGGCCCAGCAGGUCCUGCAGCAGAAGCCGGCGCAGUACCUGCGCUUCAACCAGCGCCAGCUGUCCCGCAUCUACCCCUCCUCCUACCGCGUGGACUCCAGCAACUACAACCCGCAGCCCUUCUGGAACGCCGGCUGCCAGAUGGUUGCCCUGAACUACCAGUCGGAGGGGCGGAUGCUGCAGCUGAACCGCGCCAAGUUCAGCGCCAACGGCAACUGCGGCUACGUGCUCAAGCCCCAGUGCAUGUGCCAGGGCAUCUUCAACCCCAACUCCGAGGACCCCCUGCCCGGGCAGCUCAAGAAGCAGCUGGUGCUUCGGAUCAUCAGCGGGCAGCAGCUCCCCAAGCCGCGCGACUCGAUGCUGGGGGACCGCGGGGAGAUCAUCGACCCCUUCGUGGAGGUGGAGGUCAUCGGGCUCCCGGUGGACUGCAGCAAGGAGCAGACCCGCGUGGUGGACGACAACGGGUUCAACCCCAUGUGGGAGGAGACCCUGGUGUUCGUGGUGCACAUGCCCGACAUCGCCCUGGUGCGCUUCCUCGUCUGGGACCACGACCCCAUCGGGCGCGACUUCAUCGGCCAGAGGACGCUGGCCUUCAGCAGCAUGAUGCCAGGCUAUCGGCACGUGUACCUGGAGGGCAUGGAGGAGGCCUCCAUCUUUGUCCACGUGGCCAUCAGUGACGUCAGUGGUAAGGUCAAGCAGGCUCUGGGCCUAAAAGGUCUGUUCCUCCGAGGCCCGAAGCCCGGCUCGCUGGACAGUCAUGCUGCUGGGCGGCCCGUGCCCCGGCCCUCCGUCAGCCAGCGGCUCCUGCGGCGCACGGCCAGCGCCCCCGCCAAGAGCCAGAAGCCCGGCCACAAGGCCUUCCCUGAGCUGGUGCUGGGCACGCAGGACGCGGGCUCCGAGGCCCCGGACGUGGCACCCCCCAGCCCCGGCCUGGCCCGCGAGGCCCUGGCCCGGGAGGAGCCCGGAGGCCCCGGCCCCCGAGAUCCCCGCCCCUUCUCCAUGCAGAGGUCGGUCUCCUCGCUGUGCAGCCUGGAGACCAUUGCUGAGGAGCCAGCGCUGGGCCCCGGGCCCCCGCCUCAGCCGGCCACCCUGCCCCGCCCCGCCCAGGGGGGGCCCGGGGGCACCACGGGCCCCGUAGCCACGGCUGAGCGCCCCCCCGGGGAGCCCCUCCGGCUCAGGACCGGGAGCCAGGGGGACACAGAACCGGCCCCGCACAGCCGGCGGCAGGCGUGCCACGGUGGGGGCCCCGGAGGAGCGUGUGAGGGGGCGCCCGGCAGCCAGACGGACAGCAGGGGCCACCCCCGGGCCCUGGGCCAUCUGCCCUUGGUCAGGAGGGCCACGAGUGAGGGGCAGGUGCCCUCGGAGCCCCUGGGCGGACGCCGCUCCCUGGCCGGGCCCUCCCCGGCCCUGUACUCGGACGCCACGGCCGGAGACCGGCUCUGGCAGCGGCUGGAGCCCGGCAGCCACCGCGACAGCGUGUCCUCGUCCUCCAGCCUGUCGUCCGGCGACACCGUCAUCGACCUCUCGCUGCCGGGCCUGGGCCUGGGCCUGGGGCGGGAGAGCCUCCUGGGGGUCCCGGCCGGACGCCGGCCCCUACGGCCCUGCUCGGCCUCGGCCGCCCGCCUGGACUUCCUGUCGGUGACCAAGAGCAAAUCCAACCCCAACCUGCGGGCUGCGGGCCAGUUCCCUGCGGCCCCCGACGAGCUGCGGCCCCGGCCCCUGGCCCCCCGGGCCCCCCGGGGCCGCCUCCCCACGGCCGGCCUCAGGGACGGCCCCGCGUCCACCAAGUCCAAGAGCCUGGGGGACCUGACGGCCGACGACUUCGCCCCCCGCGUCGAGGGCCCGGGCAGAAGCCUGGGCCCCAGCCUGGGCCCGGCCGGGGAGGGGCCGGUGGGGCGGGCGGCGCGGCGGGACCCCCUGACGGAGCAGCUGCUCUGGCUCACGGGCUUCCAGCAGGCGGGGGACAUCACCUCGCCCACCAGCCUGGGCCCGGCCGGGGAGGGGGCGGCGGGCGGCCCUGGCUUCCAGCGCCGCUCCUCCCGCAGCCAGAGCCGCGUGCGCGCCAUCGCCAGCCGGGCGCGCCAGGCCCAGGAGCGGCAGCAGCGGCUGCAGGGCCCGUGGGGACUCCCCGAGGAGGAGCGGGGGGCCCCUGAGGGCGCCUGCUCUGCGGGCCAAGAGGGCUGCGGGGACGUGCCCGCCCCCAAGGGCGCUGCCGGCAUCCUGCUCAGACUGUGACCAGCCCCCGCGCGGGCUCCACCCCUCCCCGCGGCCAGUGCCCAGUGGCCACCAGGCAGCGGCCAGGCAGGGUCCCGUGUUUGCUCAGGACACGGCGCAUGCUGGUCCCGGAGCCGUGUGCCCCCUGGCGCCCGCCCUCUCCGGGGGGGGGGGGGGGGAGGCAGCCCCACCCCGGCACCGUUGUCACGGCGUUGUACCGUGUGCAGAUAUCACAUUGAGACAAAGCUUCUCUGACAUUAAAAUGGCUGAGUCUC